AUGGCAGAAAAACCAAGAAAACCAAUAGUUUUUAUUAUAACAUUUUUAAUCUGUAUCGCCAUUCCCAAGGUCGAAGAAAGUCUCCCAGCAGUUGAGGUCCAGGAGGAAGACCCAGAGCAGAAAGUAAACAUGAAUCAACUCUUUCAAGGGAAAAGGGGAGUACUGUUUGGUCCCGGGGCCUUUACUCCUGGAUGUUCCAAGACUCACUUGCCAGGGUUUGUGCAGAAGGCUGAAGAGCUGAGGAGUAAGGGUGUGCAGGAGGUAGCCUGCAUCUCUGUGAAUGAUGCAUUUGUCAUGGCCGCAUGGGGCAAGGAGCAUGGAACUGGUGGAAAGGUGAGAAUGCUGGCAGAUCCAAUAGGAGCUUUCACUGCAGCAGUUGAUCUUUUUCAGGAUAAUGAGCUUGUGCAGGUGCUCAGUAACAAGAGAUCAAAGAGAUAUGCCAUGCUAGUGGAGGACGGCGUGGUGUAGCUAAAUGUGGAGCCUGAUGGCACUGGCCUCACCUGCAGCUUGGCUUCCAAUGUCAUCUCUGUCCUGGUCUAGGGUAGACAGGACUGGCUGCUCCUGAGCCAUACCAUCAACUGUAGCCUUACAUAUUGCAGCUCUUACAGAACUCGUCACAGAUUAACAUUUCUAGUUGUGUAUGGUUAAAAACAAUGGCACCUUAAGAAAAUGGCUCAGCAAGAUUAGAAGCAUUUUAGACAAUAUCAAAAUUUUUGAAUUUCAGUGAAUGCUACUUUCAUCUCAGCCUCAUUACCACAAAAUAAAGGUGCAGUUUUGCAGUGGCUGUUUGGGUAUUCAAGAAAACAUUUAAUUAAAAUGACAUUUCAUUAAGAGGCUGUACAAUAGGAGGUAUUAAAU